CUUUUAUUUUGAAGCGUCAUGUUUGGGUUACGCGUUUGUUGACGCACUGAUCACAUCAUUGAAGACCUUGAGCACAUGAAAAUAAAAUCAUAACAGCACAUGUUACAGUGACCAUUAUCGACACUUUAUAAGACAUGGCUAACGUAAGGCGGAUAUUAUUUCCCUUAUAUCAGUUUGGAAACCCUCAGCUGAGAAUAUUUCGCCCUACCUUCAACAUGACCCUAGUAAGACCGGGUAAAGAACAGCCACCGGAUACAGUACAGUUUCGUAUUCCCUUGGAAAUGACAAAAUUCGAUGUGAAAAACUACCUGGAAAAGAUCUACAGCGUUCCUGUAGCAGCCGUGCGCACGAGGAUUCAGUUCGGUACAAACAAGAAAAAAAACCACUUAAACCAGCGGGUGAAGAGGCCAGAUUACAAAGUUGCAUACGUUCAACUGGCUCAGCAGCAAACUUUCCAAUUCCCAGAUAUCUUUCCCGAGAAGGAGAAGCAACACGAGGAGGGCUCUGCGGAGGAGAUGCAGGAGAAGUUCAUGGAGGACGAGCGUCAGCGGCAGAAACCAGAUCCCAGAAGAGGUGGAGUUACUGAGUGGUUUGGCCUCUAGACAGACAAGCGUUGAAUGAAGAAUGACUUCAGAGAGACAGCGACUGAAUGAAGUAUGUGGUGUAUGGUAGAUUAUGUAUUUACGCAGGAAGAGCCGUUUACAGCGAUCUGACUGGCGUCCACAGAGGGCCGUCUGCAGUGAUCUGAUCUGACUCGAUGGAAAGUGAGACACGAGAAGAUUCGAAAAUCCAAACUAGAGAGAGCUAACGUCUAGAUUGCAGACCAUCGCCUUGGCCAUGUCAUGAUAUUUUUUUAGCUUAUGUUCCUCUCCCUUGCGAACCAUUCGAAAUUUGGCAUUGCAGGGAUGUGGAGCGUGUCCAUCCAAAAUGCAUUCUCUUUACAGCGAUCUGAUAAAGUGUCUCAGUUCUCCUUGAAAAUUCAUACCGCGUUCCUCAUGGUCUUUUACACUGUGUACUUCAAUUACAAUAAAAGAGUACGACAUGA